AUGUCUUCUGAGAACCCUUCCACUCUCAAGUCCUACGUUGACUCUGCCACUGGCCUCGCCCAGCGCGCCGUGGGCACCGUGACCGGCAACUCCUCCACCAAGGCCGAAGGCGAAGACGCCCAAGCCCAAGCCGCCAAGGACCACGAAGCCAGCCACACGACUGCCAAACUGGGCCCUGUGACCGCAGACCCCAACACUGGCGCUACUGCGGUCGACGACCCUCAGCGCAACAACGGCACCUGGGACCAGACCAUCGGCUCGGCCAAGGAGUCGCUCGGCAACCUGACCGGCUACGAGAGCCUUCGUCGCGAGGGCGUGGAGCAGAACUCGCGCGGCAAGGCCGCUGAAGCCGAGGGCCAGCUGAAGGACUGGGGUGAGGGCAUGAAGGAUCGUGCGACGGGCGGACUCGGCAAGGUCGCUGCUGUCGCGAAGGGCGAUCGCGAGGAGGAGCGCAAGUGGGAAGAGAUGCAUGAUCAGGGCAAGGUGCAGCAGAGAGGUGCGGAGGCUGAUAUCCAGAAGCGGGCUGCUUAA